AAAGGACACAAAGUUCUCAUUAAAAUACCAUAACAGAGAAAGACAUAACAUAGUCAUUAAAAGACGAGACGUGGUCGAAAACCACCCAAGAGCAACGACAUAUGAAACGGAAAAGCCAUUGAAGAAGAACACAAGUAUAAUAGCGUCUAGUAUAUCUUACAUCAAAAUAUACUCGGAGUAUAGCGUAUAUCGAAAAAAACCCAUCGUCUUACGCCGGCAAGAAUGUAAACUAAAACGGCAGAAAAAAAUGAAAUCCUAGUGUUGAUUAGCACAUUAAGUCGAGACGAAAUCAAUUUUAUCCUACAGGGAGCGAGUACAACAGGUGUCCAUCACAGGACAUCACAAGAUUGAAGAUUCAUGACAAUACGUCUUGUCUACUGAAGAGCAGAAACAUUUAUAUGCUGAAGGUGAUCAGUAUAAAUUAGGUAUUGAUAUCCAACUGCGGUAGACAAGGUCACUGAAAUUCUAAGGGUGUUUUUUCGCGAAAUGGCGAAUGAUGAAGUCCGUUUAACCGUAGAGGUUAAGGAAGCGAAGUUUGAUCGUAAAACUACGAAAUGCCCUAAUAUCUGCAUUCCAUCAAGAAGUCCGCGUUGUUUGAUGAUCAGUGCAUUUCUUACUGUUUUUGCAAUUGGCUUGUUAAUUGGCUUCUUCACCAGAUCUCGUGUCUGUGAAAAUGACAAGGUUAACCAGCAAUAUAACACCGUGGAUCUGCGUAUGAAGUUGCAAAGUUUGCUUAACGCUCUAGAUAAGGAGGAAAUCAGAAGAACUUUAAGAUAUUUUUCACUUGAACCUCAUAUGGCAGGAUCGAAUCGCUCCAAGAGACUAGCGGAUGAGAUAAGUAGAAGAUGGAAAAACUAUGGUUUUCAUGUGGAUACAAUAGAAUAUGACGUGCUAUUACCUCAAGUUGAUGAUGACAGUCCAGAUUAUAUAGAGAUCAAAGACCGCAAUGGGAGCGUCAUUAUGAAACAUACAUUUGCCGCUGUGGGCAAGUCAGAUCCAAGCAGUAACAAAACAUGGACAAUACCUCGCUUUUUCUUCUACUCCCCAUCAGGCACAGCUGAAGGUGGUUUGCUUUACCUCAAUGACGCCAAGGAGAGAGAUUUUGAAGAUCUAAAGAAAUUGAAUGUCAGUUCAUGUAACGGAUCAGUUGUUCUCAUUCAGCAGGAUUUUCAAAGAAUGAUAGAACAGAUCCAAAACGCUUACAAGUGCAAUGCAUCCGGAGUCCUAUUUUUCGACAAAAAAGAAAAAAUGGAUCAAACUACAGGCAACAUGCCCGUCUAUCCAAAUGGAAUUCGAUUACCCGAAGAACAGCCGAUGGCAUUUGGUUUGUUGGAAAAUUGGGAGAUUGGCGACCCUUUGACACCGUACCUUCCCUCAAGCGAUGGAGUUUACAGACUGACAGAUUACGACUGGCCUGCAAAACUGCCAGUACAACGUGUCGAGUACGACAUUGCGUUGAAAUUAUUGAAACAAUUGGGAGGACAUCCGAUACCAGAGAAGUGGAAAAUACACUUAAACAGCAAGGAAAAUUAUCGCACAGGACCAACCCUGAUCAACAACUCGAAGUUACAACUGACUGUCAACUCCAAAGCAAAAACAACAAAGAUUUACGAUGUGAUUGGUACAGUUUACGGCAGCGAGGAGCCAGAUUCCUGGGUACUGGUUGGUAACCAUAGAGACGCCAUCACAUUCGGCGCAAUAGACGCUGUGAGUGGUACAUCUGGUAUGAUGGAGCUGUCACGUGCUAUCGGUGAGCUUUUGAAAACAGGUUGGAAACCAAAACGAACUAUAAAGUUAUGUAGCUGGGCAGCGGAGGAAAUGGGGAUCAUCGGCUCGACAGAAUAUGUCCAAGAUAACAAGAAAAUUCUCCAAGAAAGAGCUGUGGCUUAUAUCAAUAUUGACAUGAUGGUUCAUGGAAAUGGCAGUCUGAGAGCCACCGGUAAUCCUCUUACGAGAGAUCUAGUGUACACCCAGUCUCAAAAAGUUUUAGAUCCUCACGGGCCUAAAGAAACUAUAUAUUCAAUAUGGAAGAAAGGGAGACCAGACAAAGGGAAUGAUAGACCUCAGUAUAAUACCGUCAGCCUUGGAUCUGAUUAUAUUCCUUUUUACGAAAUGGCAGGUGUGCCAAGUAUUGACCUCCAAUACGGAAGUGUUCCCUUCAAGUUACCCCGUGCCUAUCAUACAGUGUACGAUACCUAUCACCUGAUAUCCAUGUUUGAUCCCCAAUUCAAGUUUCACCUUGCUCAAACGAAACUUACAGCGAGGAUAGUAUACGAACUCUCGAACUCCCCAAUUAUUCCUUUCAACAUCAACUCAUUCACCAGUUCAUUACAUGCAAUAGCGAACAGAACCAAAGAUCAUUACGAGAAACAACUAAAGCAGCAUAAUAUCACCCUGAGUAAACUCUUUGAAGAAGUAAAGGCCUUACAAAGAGCGGGAAAGAAAUUUGAACAGAUGAAGAAUGACUCCAAAUCAAAUAGCGAAAGAGUUCGACAAAUAAACCGCCGCAUGAUAGCUUUUAACAAGAUCUUCAUCUCACCCAAGAAAAUCCCAAGUAGACCGAGCGAAAUGAGGAAUCUCGUUCUUGGCAUCUCGCAAAACUGGAUUUACCCUAAAAUCACUCUGACUGGUAUAUCUGAUGCGGUCAUUGCAGCGCGAACGUCUGGAAGAUGGGAAAUUGUUAAGGAGCAAAUAUCGCUAACCGAACAUGCAAUCAUACAAGCAAGGCGCUCACUCGAAAUGCCGCAAGAUAAUGUCAAACUCUAAAAACGUCUUGGAACAAUGCCUUAAAAAUUAGUAGCGUGAAAUCUCGAAUCCGUAGUUCGUUUAUAUAUAUAUAU